AUGGGUUCCGCAGGAUCAACGCAGCACCCGGCCGUGGAAGCCCACUGCAUGACUGAAGUCCUCGAAGCCCUCCAAAACGCCAUCGAAACCACCAAGCCUGGCGAGGACGUGGUGAUCCCGACACAGGCCAUCGAACUGUUCCAGCGCUAUCACAGGAGCGGAGACGCAUCGCGGUUGCCAGACGUUCUGUUGUUGCUUGAAAAGGGACCCUGUGAGAGGCUGGAUGCCACUUCUUUCGGAUUCAUAGUCGACUUGUUCCUCAGAUCAAAACCUUGCGCGGCGAGGGACAAGGGCUUACAUCUCCUGCUUGUAGGCCUCCCAGUCCUGACGUCCGUCGUGGAGGAAUCAGUACGAAAUCUGACGGAUAAGGCACGGAACGGACACGGCUCCGGAUCUGGGCUUGCCGCAUACCAGAGAAAGUCAGGGCUCGGAGACAAGUGUGGCAGGGCCGUCUUCGAGUCGUUGCUGAGAGAGAGCCCAUUGGAAGCGCGCAGAUGGGUAAAUAUCACGCCAUUCCCCCUCUUGCGAAUCGGCGCAAUAGUCUUGAACGGCGGUGCGGAUUACGAUUUGAAAUUCACGGCCGCGUUGAUAAUCCAGCAACUCAAGCCGGUGUGCCCCGAUCCUGCAUCGCUUUGGCCACCAGGCACGGACGAGGACAUAUGCCACUGGGGGCCUAAGGUCGGGAGCACGCCGCAUGUGUUGUUCGAGUGUUUCAGCGUCCUAACAGGCUAUAUCGACGGAUAUAUCGCCCCAAGCAGCCCUCAGCCGGGCUACUGUUCGUACGUGCAGAGGGCACGGUCGGGUCUCCAGUUCUGGGGAGGCCAUAGCGACAGCGUCAGUCUUCGGGACCAGGCAUUCGGAAUCGCAUUGAAACCGGAACAAGUCACCUUGUUUAUCAUCAGCGACGGCCGAGCCCAGUUCUUUGAUAUCCCUCGAAACUCCAUUCGUAGUGUGAGAAGCGUCACGGACAAGCCGCGCCUCUGCAUGCAUCUGAUUGCUGGCACGCACUACAGCAGAGACGGAUUGCCCGCGAACGUCGAACAGAUAAACGUCCACUUCUCGGACUUGGAGCUCAGGCACGCGGUAGAAAGUGAAUUGGUUGCUUCUAUGCAGUCCGCUCAGCAAUUGUCGCAAGCACCUUUUGAUUCUCGCGGCCAGGGGAUGCCGGCCUCGACACAGAUCACGGCGGCACGAUGUGCUACAUCGACUGCGAUCGACCUCAGCAUGCCCAGCAAUGGCGAGUCCGCAGCGAGCGACAUCGUAGCCGGGCACGCCGAACUCCCAGCGAAACGAACGGGCAGAGUCGCCUCGUCUGCGGCCGUGGAGCUGCCACCGCCCGACCACAGCUCUGCACCGUCUGAAACCAGCAGACCAGAGACCACAGCGCGCCCGAAACCCGCCAUCAGUGCUGCAGACCAGGCGACCGAGCAGCGACAUUGUGCGAUGAGGUCGUCGGCGGGCGGGGAGGCCGACUUGCUCAAAGCGGUAAGACACCCGCAGCUCGACCGCUCGCUUCUCUCAGCCCACGACAACACGCCGUCCGCCGGGCGAGGAUCCAACUGCGCCCGCGACAUGCAGGACGGAGACGGCUCGAGGCUGAAGCGGCCCCUCCACAGGGUCAGCGGUCCCGUCUCGAGGGCGGACAACGUGGAUUGGGACGAGGACCUGCGAGUUGCGCCCGACGACGAGCCGCAGCCCAGCAGGCCAAAGCAGCAGAAGCGGACGCACAAGCAACGGCCAGCGUCCACAGGCGCCAGACGGGCUGUCCAGCCGAUGCUCUCUCUGAGCCCCCAGCCGCUGCAGAUCCAGUCUGUGCCACGAAGGAAGACAGCCUCAAAGCAGGGCGUGCCGGCGACGCUGGCUUCACUGCGCAAGAAAAAAGCACCUGUAGCGAAAGCCGACCCAGAACUGGCUGUAGCAAAGCAGCCGCUCCGUCUACUAGGUGUCUCUGACGAUCCAAUCGAAUCGAGUACUCCAGAUGUCACCACCACAGCGGGAACAGUCGAUCAGGGUGCAGCUCUCCCAGCCUUGGAGGCCCCAACUGCCCAAGCCGAACCUGGGGGCGACACUGAGAGCAUUACCCUCAGCCUCGGUCCUUUCCCAGCAGCCAAGAUGCUGCAAGACGAUACCUUCCUGGACGAAGAAUUACGGCUACUGUUUGCAUGUCCCAGCAAAUCACCCGGCCAGGGAGCAGACCCAUACGCAUCGCCGGCAUCGAAGCGAAAGAACGUGUCUUCACAUGGCGACACAGUAUCGGCCGCUUCAGGACGCAACACCGACGAAGAUGCGCGGGCGAAUAAACGUUUAAAGGCUGGUCACAACAGAGGAAUGGCCUGGGGCAAUACACUGGCAGGUUUGAUCAAAGAUGCAAAACUUGUCCGCCCAUAUCGACCGUCAUCCAAGAGAAAACCCGUCGAGGAGGACGACACUGUUCCAAAAGACGAGAACGCAACCAAUGCCGCAAAGACAUCUGAAGUUUCCAGAAACGUAUCUCUCUUUAUUGCCCGGCAAAACGCCACGGGACACAAGGCAAAUGCCGGUGAGGAGAUUCCGGGUGAUCUAAGCUCCAGCAAGGAAGAUUGGGACGCCAUAUACUCAAAAGACAAGGCGAAAACAGAGCAAGGAAACACCGCCAAAACUGAGAGUUGCCACGGGAGCAAAAGUGGCUAUGAGAAGGCAGGAAUUGGCAAGGACAUGCAAAUGGAAGCGCGCGUUCAACGAAGCAGUGAUUCCGUGGAUAAGAGCAUACCUGGCAUGGGCAGCGACAGAACCCGCCGGGCUGGGCCAUACUCGCGUGCCUGGGGCCAUGUAUCGCCCGAGGAUGAAGUCUUCCCUGUCAAAUGCACUGGUCAAACUGUUGAUGAGAACGGCAGUCCUCAUCCCAAAGCGAGCACAAAAACUAGGCUGGCGAAGCCAUGCCGGGGAGACAACCAAAUGCAAACGCGUUCUCGAGCAAAGGACAGCCCCCUUCGAGGAGACAGUUCAGAUGACAAGGAGAACGCAUGGCCAGAAAGUGACCUGGAAGGGGACGCCCCGAUGUUUCUUAGUUCCGACCUUUCAGGUCGGACUUUUCCAGCGAGUGCGAAGCCAGCCGCAAUUCCUUUCACUACACGCUCAAUCGGGAAUUUCAGAGCAUGGCAUCGCAGCAGCCACGAGCGCGAUGGUCCCCGGACUGCAGAUGAAACGGAAAGCUACAUCACAUCAAGUUUAGCCACGACCUCGUCCGAAACCAACUGCGACUGCGCCGCCAGUGAAUGGCAGGAGCGGCUGCGAGGCACGAACCAGGCCACCCUAGAUAUUUUAUUGCAAGCAAGCAAUCGCCUAGUGCGACAUUUGGCAGACGAAGAAAGUGCCAUUGCGGAUGUUGUCAGUGUCUAUCAGAAUGGAGGUGCCAGGAUCAUUGAGCAGCUGGAGGACACCCACGAGGAGCGAGCGAUGAGGAUCCGCGCGCAGAUCGAGCCGGUUGAACGGACGCUGGCACAGAUGACUCGGAAGAUUUCGCGCCAACUGGACGACUAUCGGGAGGCGCUGGACAAUCCGUCGAAUGCAAUUGGGCGUCUGGCUGCAACGCGGGACCAGAACCGAAAGCGAAUGUGCCGGCGGAUCGAGGAUGCAAAGACAGAGUGCGAGAAGGACGGCGAGCAUGUGUUGAUCUGA